GUUCAAUGACAUCGACUCUCAUUAAGCGGUAAGUGGUCGUGCUUGGGUAGUCGACCAAGAAGCAGAACAUACAUACCGCACCUGGGUGAUUGCCGAUUCUCGCCAUGGAUGACAUGGAGUUCUUCUUCGAGGAAUCUGGAGCAGGGCUUGUACUGCGUUUCGAUGUCGGGGUUGUCUUAAGAGAUCUAGUUGCCGGCGCACAAUUGGCUGAUGGCGACACGAGUGGAAUUGGCGAUGCGUAGGAGGACCUGAUUUCUUCUAUGCCGAUAGGACCAGCUGGAAGCCGCAUGGAUUACGAAGGGGGCGAGGAUAUUGGUGAAACAGUGCGCACUGGGAGGGGGGUGUGCGGCUCAUAUGAUCUUGGAGGCGAAGGGAUGGGUGAUUCCUGCGAGAUAGGUGAUUCAAAUAUUGCGUCUGAUGCCACGGACCAGGGUGCAGACGAGGAGGGUGUGGGAGUAACCAAUGCAAAUCAAUCUUCUUGGAUCAGGAGGGUCAGAGUUGGGAAGGCAAAGGAUGAGAGGGAGCCGAGCCCUUCAAGGAUGCCUGCCCUUGAAGCUUUUGUCCAUGCAUAUGUCGAUAAAAAAUCAGGAAACGUUGUCAAUCCAUCGAUUGGGACUAGUUUUGAUUCUGUCGAAGAAGGCUACGAGUUUUACAAUAUGUAUUCCUGGGAGGCCGUCUGAAUGUACGCCGGAAAAAAUGCAUGCACGAGAUUGUGUAGGCAGAGAAGCGAGAGUGCAAACCACCUACUGAAAGGGUAUGUACCACCAGGGUGCCCCAUGCACUUGUUCAUCAGGCAGUAUGAGAAAAAUGCAAUUUGACCGUGACUCAGAAGAAAGUUACCAGGAGAAAAGGACAAAACUAGGAGGGGUUGUCCUGAAGCAAAAUAUCCCAAAUGAGGUACAUGCAUCGCAGGUUUAUACCACGACAAUGUUUGAAAAUUUUGGUGAAGCCUUGUAUGAACGUGGGUUGUAUGAUCUAGUAGAAGUCAAGCCACAUUUGGAGUACAUUGCUAGGCACAUCAAAUUUCAGUCGAGGGAAAAGUGGUGCAAGAAUGAGUUUGUGAUUUCCGUGAGCGAGUCGGCUGAUGAGUUCGGGUGCGAGUGUGGGACAUUCGAGCACUAUGGAAUGGUUUGCAGCCAUGCACUUAAGGUCGUGAUACACCUGAAAUUGCAUGAGCUCCCUGCGAAGCAUGUGCUCAGGCAAUGGACUAGAGAUGCAAGAGAUAUACUACUGCCAGAGUAUCUGCGCUGCCAGAAGGAUCAUGGAACGCUGAAGUAUUCUUCUCAUCAACGCAACACUUUGUACCUGCUAGCGCUUGAUGCCGGUAAGUUAGGCGACAGCAAUGUGGAAGCAUGUGCACUUGCUAUGGAGAAAAUGCGAGAUGUCAAAGUGUUGGUCGAGCCAGUUGCCGCCAUGAGGGAUGGGCUUGGUUUGUCUGAUAUAGAGUUGGCUACAGAUUCAGCCGGCUCUAGCGUUGGUAACAAGCAGCACUUUGGCCGAACUGAGUUUGAGCACACCAUUUUGCAAGCAUCCGAUGUGUUCCCGACGCCGAAACGACCGGCUGGGCGUCCCACAAGGUCACAACUAGCCGCGACAAAGCUCCAUACGAGGAACCAUCAAAGAGUAGAUUAUGUUAUGUAUGCGGAGUUCAGGGACACAAGAGCACAACAUGCCUUGCUCGGGGGAUGUGCCAAAGGCACCUAGGAAAUCUCCUUGCUGCUCAAAAUGUGGGUUAACAGGGCACAGGAACACAUGCAGCAACCUGGCUAAAGUCUGAAAAAACUUAAUUUCAGUGUUGUUUACCGGUGGUAUGCAUUUGGCUAUGUCGCCCUUUGUUAAUACUGUAGAAACAGUCUGAAACGAGCCGAGGAAUAAGAAGACGCCAUGACUACGGUUAUGAGGAGAGGUUCAGAAGAGUCAAAAGCUUUGGCUGUGCUGAAAUGGACACGGCUGCUCCUGUUCUUCUGCGGUAUAAAUAGAUGAUUUCCAAGCGGCCGGAUUCUCAAAACGGUCAGAUCGUAAACCCCAACGUUUGGAUUCCAGUUGGCUGGCUACACCGGCUGUGAAUAUGAGAGCCCGCGCAUGCCCAUUUUCAUCAGUGUGUGAGCUCGCUAGCACUGUAGAGACAUGAUGGGUAAAUGGAUUCACACGUCUAGCCAGCCUGCCAGCGAGCUCUGGACGACAUGGGAUGCUACUGUAGAAAAAUACAUAAUACGGUGUGGGGCGUAUAGCUGUGAGCUCGAAUACAUGACAUGCCAGCCUGCCAGCGAGCUCUGGACGACAUGGGAUGCUACUGUAGAAAAAUACAUAAUACGGUGUGGGGGCGUAUAGCUGUGAGCUCGAAUACAUAACAUUAAUGCCACGCUGCAGCAGCAGGAUGCAAUUCCUGACGACCA